AUGCCACUAUCCUUCAAGUUGGUUGUCUGUAUUACAUCUACUGCACUCUUUGACUGCAGCGCGUCUCACGAAAUAUGGUUGAAUGAAGGACUUGAAGCCUAUCAAGCGUAUCAGUGUGCCAAUAUCAAGGUACCUCUUGAACCUGGGGUUGGAUUUCCAUUAGUCCGAUCUCUAUUGGACUUGAACAAAGCAACUGGUAAACAGCUGAUUGAUGUCGUUCUCGUAUCACGUAAUGAUGGAGAGUCAGGAGAACGAGUGCGAAACUCCAUCACUCAUCACAAUCUUUGCAUUAUGCGCAUGUCAUUUACUGGUGGCACCGAUGUCACCAGAUAUCUUUCAGCUUGGAAAUGCGACCUUUUCCUCUCCACUGAAGAAAAUCAAGUGCGUAAAGUAUUGUCGACAACUGGAUCGGAUGCAUUUAAAGGAAUAGCAGCUGGUUUAGUUUGUCCGCCGAUUAACGAAACGGCAUCUACUAAGUUCAAUUUGCCAGAGACUUCUGACAACAACAAGACUACGCUUGACAACAAUGUGCCUGUAUCUCCGCAGUCAUCUCCAUGGCCAGAAGGUCAACUUCGUAUCGUAUUUGAUGGAGAUGGUGUAUUGUUCUCUGAUGAAGCGGAAAUCGUUUAUCAAAGAGGCGGAUUGGACGCUUUUCGAGAAAAUGAACAAAAUAAAAAGGAUAUUCCGUUGCCAAAAGGUCCGAUGCACAUGUUUGCUAUGAAGCUUCAGGAAAUACAAGAAGAACUUGGAAAGGACAAUAGGGCGAUGCUGCGUACUUUCUUGGUCACUGCUCGGGACCAUGUAGUUACCAAACGACUGUUCCGCACUCUAACAGAAUGGAAACUCAAAAUUGACGAAAAACACUUCGUGGGUGGGCUAGACAAGACGCCUUUCUUGUGCGCCAUCGAUCCAGCAAUCUUCUUUGAUGACUCAAUUGAACAUAUUGAGCGUGCCAGGCCGUAUGUACCAACUGCAUACGUUAUCUAUGGUGCUAAAAACAACGCAGCUGCCGCCCCUCAAAUUCUGCCAAACGUAGCACAACCUACGGAAGAAGUAGACUAA